CACAAAGACGUCUACAUGACUAGGAAGGAGAACUUCGUUCUUGUGAUGAUUGCUGUCAUCUACUGCAACGCCCGUUUACAAGACAGCUACUCAAAGUUACAAUAUGGAUACAGGCUGGAUAGAAAGAUGAUAAAUUCUUUUGUUAAUUUCAGUAUUUUAGACUGUGCUGAGGAGUGUUUGAGAACAACACGGUGUAAAUCUGUGAGUUAUUACAAAGGAACAAAUUACUGUGAAAUAAACUAUGAAAAUAAAUCUUCAGCCCGAGCCAGAUUUGUAGAACAUUUGGGGUGGAUCUACAGUGAAAAGGAGGAUUGGGAUAUCGAUAUUGUAUCUUCGUGUUCGGCAUCAAAUUGUUUCAUCAAUGAAAAAUGCAAACCCUUACCAAUGGGCAAGUUUGAAUGUGUUUUAUCAGAUUGUGGCAUUCCAUCCCUGUUGGGAGUGAAUCUGAGCAGCGUCGGUAGAUGGGAAGGAAUUGGGAUUGGAAGACAAAUGGAACUUGAGUGUUCCCAAAAUUACAAACAGAGUGGUUCACGGGUGUUCAGAUGCCCGCCAAACGGACAGUGGAUAACUGACUUGAAAUGUGUGGAAAAUUUCCCAAAGGAUUGCCAAGAUGUACUGUGGGCAGGCAAUACAGAGAGCAAAGUAUACACAAUAUAUCCACAUGGAGGUGGAGAUUUAAAGGUUUUCUGUGACCAGCACACAGACAGGGGAGGAUGGACGAUUAUUCAGAGGCGAAUGGAUGGAACAGUAGACUUUUUUAGAAAGUGGAAUGACUACAAAUACGGAUUUGGUAACAAAACAGGGGAAUACUGGCUUGGUAACCACAGAAUAUAUGAAAUAGUUCAGCAAGGCAACUACGAACUUAGGAUAGAUAUGUCUGAUUUCAAUGACGAAAGAAGAUACGCUCUUUACAAAGGUUUCUCUAUCGGAGAUGAAGACCAUGGUUACGCUCUUCACGUCAAAGAUUACGAUGGAACAGCAGGUGACUCCUUGAUCAAUCCCCACAGCGGAGAACAGUUCGACACAAUAGACCACUACAAUUCAAAUAAUUGUGCUUAUCGUUACAAAGGGGCUUGGUGGUAUAACAACUGUCAUGCAUCCAAUUUGAAUGGAAUGUACCUUGCUGGUAAUCACACGUCGUAUGCAGAUGGUAUCAACUGGUUUGCUUGGCAUGGAUAUUAUUACUCACUGAAGACCACCGAGAUGAAAGUUAGGAGACUUUGAAAAAGUGACGCAUGUGUGUAAGAGUUUGGGCGAGGAUUUAUGUCACAUCAUACCAAUCACACUAAUCAACAUAUCAACCUUAUAGUGAAAUACAAAUAAAAAAGAUUA